AUGGACUCCUCGGCCCGAUCGGGCGCCGGCGGCGCCGCGGCGUAUUCCACCCCGCGCGCCUGGAUCGUGGCGGGCGUCGCCGUCGCCGGGGUCAUCGUCCUCGCGGAGGCCGCGCGGCGCCGCCGGAGGUGGCUGCGCGGCAAGCCCGCCGCCCCGCCCGACUCCGGGGCCUUCUGCGAAAGCCUCGUGCUCUCCCCGCCGCCGCAGGCCCCGCCCCCCGCCGCGCGCCAGCAGCUCUCGGACCUCACCUUCGCCGUCGGCGACAACUUCGAGAUCGAGGGCUAUGUAGCCGGCUUCGGGAACCCGGACUGGAAGAGGACGCACGCGGCAGCGAGCCGCACGGCGGUGGCCGUCACCAACCUGCUGAAGCAGGGGGCUACCUGCGUCGGCAGGACUGUCAUGGAUGAACUCGGCUUCGGUGUUACUGGACAAAAUUUGCACUACGGAACACCAAUUAACCCAUCAUCUCCAUCAGUUGUCCCUGGAGGUUCUUGCAGUGGCUCCGCUGUCGCAGUUUCUGCACAGCUUGUCGACUUUGCUCUUGGUACUGAUACAACUGGCGAUUUGAGAAUACCAGCAUCUUUCUGUGGUGUACUUUGUUUCCGGCCUUCUCAUGGAGUGGUGUCUACUGUUGGGACCUUAGCAAAUUCACAAAGUCUAGAUACUAUUGGAUGGCUUGCACGAGAUCCUCGUAUUCUGCAUCGUGUUGGAGAUAUUCUUUUACCUGCUGCUGUAGGCGGGUUUAUUAAGGGAAAAAGGCAGUUGAUUUUUGCUGAUGAUUGCUUUGAGUCUCUGAAGGUUCCCAGCCAGAAAACUGUGCAUGUCAUAGAAAGUGCUGUCCUUACAUUACCUGGAUAUCAGCCACCUAAGCACAUCGAUAUUGGCCAGUAUAUUAUUUCAAAUGUUCCUAGCCUGAAGGAGUUCUGUGAACCUUCUACAAAUAUGCAAGAAGGAAAUUCGGCCUUGAAAGCUCUAUGCACAGUUAUGCUGUUAUUACAGAGAUAUGAAUUCAAAGCAAACCAUGAAGAUUGGGUUAACACUGUAAAACCCAAGCUUGGUCUUGAAAUCACUACCCGUGUACUACAAGCUGUAAAUUUCAGAGACGAUAACAUCAAAUCUCUUUACACUGUACGUAGUGAAUGGCGAUCUGCACUCAAGAAUCUUCUAAAGGACACUGGAAUUUUAGUUCUGCCAACCAUGGCUGGAUAUCCUUUAAAAAGAAACUCCAAACAGAGACUAUCAUCUGAAUUUGAAGAUAAAAUGUACGCAUUUGUCAGCAUUGCUGCACUUUCAGGCUGUUGCCAGGCCACUGUUCCCUUGGGAAAUCACAAUGAUCGUCCAAUAUCUCUUUCAUUUGUAGCGGCUCAUGGAUCAGACAAGUUCCUUCUUCGUGCUAUAUCGGAUAUGUAUUCUACUAUCCAGGAGCAAGUAGUUUCGGCAUCGAAGUUGGCACCCCCGCCAGUAAUCAACCAUGAUGUUGAUGCAUCAGAGCUGUUGAAAGAAAAGGGAAAUGAUUCUUUCAAAAGAAAACAGUGGAGCAAGGCGAUUGAGUUCUACUCUGAGGCAAUUGAAUUGAAUGACACAAAUGCGACAUACUAUUGCAAUAGAGCAGCUGCUUUUCUGGAACUUGGCCGUUUCAAGCAAGCUGAAGCGGAUUGCGAUCAGGCCUUACUGUUGGAUAAAAAGAAUGUCAAAGCAUAUCUACGACGAGGCGCCGCAAAAGAACGUGUUUUGAAUCACCAAGAAGCACUCCAAGAUUUCAGGCACGCUUUAGCUUUGGAACCACAGAACAAAGCAGCCCUUGCAGCAGAGAAAAGAAUACAGAAGCAUCUCAGGUGAAUGAUGAGGGAGGCGCUUGAAUCCCCGACCUGUGAAUUUUUUUGAGACGCUGAAGCCAGUUUUGAUCGAACUAUCUGUGAAUGAAGCCCCUCUGUUGAGUGAGAGAAGAGUAGCUCGUGAGGCUGUUGAACAGUUGCCUUCUGUAGUGCUGUGCUGUUGUUCUCGUCCAUAAAUUGAAAUUUUGACAUGAAUUGUUGAUGAUAUUAGCGUCUUAUGAGUGCAGCAGAAACUGGCAUACA